GCGGCUUUGGGGAGGGGGCAGCACGGUAGCCUGACCACAGCACACUUGGUGACCCUGUGCCAGCAAAGGACCACGCGGUCAAGAGGCGGACCCUCGGGGUGUGGUGUGUCCACGUGUGCAAGCUCGGGAGGGGGCGCCGGGGAGUGACAAAGACGGACUUUGUGCCCGAGUGUGCGCCCCGCUCCAGCUCGGAGCAGCGCGCGGUGCUGGCCGAGUGGCUUCCCAGCGAGCCGCGACGAAGGUGACAAAGGCCAGGUGGCUGCGGCCGAGAGGACGCUCCGAAGGGGCCUCCGCGGGUUCCAGCCUGCGCUCCCGCUGGGACCUGCGGGCAGGGAGAGGCCGCGCCCCGCCCGCGAGGUGCACCGAGCUGCGCUCCAACGCGCUUCCCGGAGCCCCAGGCGAGUCCCCAAAGGAUUCAGCCGGAGCCUGGCAGGGGAGCCAGGAUGGCCAGCCAGAAAGCCUUGCUGACAUGCCUAGGACUGCCUCUCCUGCUGCCAGGGGCCUGGGCUCAGGCCCAGAGGCACCCCCCACCUGGCUGCAGCCCGGACCUCAAUCCUCUCUACUACAACCUGUGUGACCGCUCUGGGGCCUGGGGCAUCAUCUUGGAGGCUGUGGCUGGGGCAGGCGUUGUCACCACUUUUGUCCUCACUAUCAUCCUUGUGGCCAGCCUCCCCUUCGUGCAGGACACCAAGAAGCGGAGCCUUCUGGGGACCCAGGUGUACUUCCUGCUGGGGACCCUGGGCCUCUUCUGCCUGGUCUUCGCCUGCGUGGUGAAACCCGACUUCUCCACCUGUGCCUCUCGGCGCUUCCUCUUUGGGGUCCUCUUCGCCAUCUGCUUCUCCUGCCUGGUGGCCCAUGUCUUCGCUCUGAACUUCCUGGCCAGGAAGAACCACGGGCCACGGGGCUGGGUGAUCUUCACCGUGGCAGUGCUGCUGACCCUGGUGGAGGUGAUCAUUAACACAGAGUGGCUCAUCAUCACGCUGGUUCGGGGCGCGGGCGACGGGCCCCCCCUGGGGAACGGCAGCAGCGGCUGGGUCUCAGCCUCCCCCUGUGCCAUCGCCAACAUGGACUUUGUAAUGGCACUUAUCUACGUCAUGCUGCUGCUGCUGGCGGCCUUCACGGGGGCUUGGCCCGCCCUGUGCGGCCGCUUUAAGCGCUGGCGGAAGCACGGGGUCUUCGUGCUGCUUAGCACGGUCACCUCCAUCGCCAUCUGGGUGGUGUGGAUUGUCAUGUACACCUACGGCAACAAGCAGCAUAACAGCCCCACCUGGGAUGACCCCACGCUGGCCAUUGCUCUCGCUGCCAAUGCCUGGGUCUUUGUUCUUUUCUACGUCAUCCCCGAGGUCUCCCAGGUGACCAAGCCCAGCCCGGAGCAAAGCUACCAGGGGGACAUGUACCCCACACGGGGUGUGGGCUAUGAGACCAUCCUGAAGGAGCAAAAGGGCCAGAGCAUGUUUGUGGAGAACAAGGCAUUUUCCAUGGAUGAGCCUGCUUCAGCUAAGAGGCCGGUGUCACCCUACAGCGGGUACAACGGGCAGCUGCUGACCAGCGUGUACCAGCCCACCGAGAUGGCCCUGAUGCACAAAGGCCCGUCCGAAGGAGCUUAUGACGUCAUCCUCCCACGGGCCACCGCCAACAGCCAGGUGAUGGGCAGUGCCAACUCCACCCUGCGGGCCGAAGAGGCGUACUCAGCCCAGAACCAUCAGGCCACCACCCCGCCCAAAGAUGGCAAGAACUCUCAGGCUCCAUCCCCGCAAAAUAAAACAAGAUGGUAACAUCCUCUUCCCUGGAUGGCACAUCACCCUGCUGGCCUCAUUCCUCACCUUGUGCUUGAUACCGGGAAGGGCUGGAGGCCACCAACUUGGAAUGGUGGGUGGGGCGCCUGUGACACCCCCAGGCAUGUGGCUGGGCUAGGGCUCCUCGAUGCUCAGAUCACCUCUCCUGAUCCCGGAGUGACCAAGACCACAGGCACUGUGCAUGUCUCCUUGCUGCCGCCACCUCUCACUUGAUGCCUUCUCCCCAUGCCCCAGCCCCUGCGUCCUCAGGGGCCCUGUCUUCGCAGCAUGGCCCUCUCUGCGCAUCCUGGGUUGUUGGUGUCCAGCAGCAUUGGAGAGUCCCUUCCUCCAGUCUUUGGAGCCCAGCUAGGGCAGAAGCUGGCCUUUCUCAGCGGGGCUUCCUGCCAGCACCUGAGCUGGGCCAGAGCUCCCUCAAAGCCUGAGUAGACACCACUCCUCUCCCUGGCCCAAGGGUCCUGGAUCUGGGUCCCUUUGGUGCUUGACUCCGAGACCCUCGGCACGAUGACCCCUCUCUCUCCUGUCCUCGAUGAGCUGGAUUCCAUCAAGAACAAGGUGGGGUUUGGGACUGCAUUCUCAGGGACCAGUUGAGAGUCCUGGACCUCAUGGGAUGGAGACUUUGAAAGAACUUGAGAUGGAGAGAGGGAAGACUUAGAUAAAUGUCACCUGGAAGUGAAGACCGUGCCGCUUCCUGGUGGGCAGAAGGAUAGGCUCCUACGUCACCUGGGGCACCCAGACGUGCUCGAGGGGAUCCCAGUGACCCCAACCCCCACCCCAGGCGGCAGGGGUGCCUUGGGGACUUGUGUGAUGCUGACACCGAGGACAGAGACAUGCAGGAUUCCAGAUUUGUGGUGAUAUCUCCAGCGUCGUCUUGUGGCUUCUCUGUCUCUGGGACACUAGAUAGAACUGGUUUACCCUCGGAGUGGGGGGUGGGGGAUCAGGAAGAACUCAAGUCUCAGCCCAGCAUCAUUUUGGGGAGGGAGAGGUCACUCAGACUGCACUUCAGUCAGGCCAGGGCCACCCUCCUGUCCCCAGCAGCAUGUGCCUUUGUUCCUGGAGAAACACUCCAGAGCGAAAUUGGGUGGAAACAAUGAGGGUAAGCCCUCCCCCCCAUCCACCUUCACUGAUCUCUUGUUGCUCGCUUCCAAUAAUGGAGUAUUACUUCCUCCUGAUGGAAGGUGGGGGGCUGUGUGUGCCUCAGACUUACCUGGAUCUAGGUUAGCAGCCCAAAGGUUCCUCACAGUGAGUGAAGGCACUUGCUCUCCAAGGUGAUGGUCUCGUGGGCAUCCCCACAGCACCGGGUGACCUGAGGGAGGAAAGGAGGGAGGUGCUCCUAGGACAUGAAGGCCUGGCCUGAUUUAGGAAUAACCACCCCUCCCCCUGCUAACCUCCCCCCCAGCUUGGCCUGCUCCAGCAUCCUGUCUUUGACUAAGGAGGAAAAAAUCUUCUCCCAAGUGGUCCAGAUGCAUUCAUGCCCAGAUGGGCCUGCAGUGGGGCACAAAGAAGUAGCUAGAACCUGCUGUAGGUGCAUCAAGAUGCCUGGACCAGUUUCUCCUUGUGGCCCGAAGCGAAACAUCAAUAGUGUGGACUUCAUGACUACUGAGAAUUAAAUGACCUCCUCUGUGAGGAAUCCUC